CGUGCAGGUCCCGGCUGCUCUGGCCCUCAGCCGUCCUAGCUUCAGCACCACCACCAAGCGUCUGUCCGGUGCCCACGAGGAUGAGACAUACGAGGAGUUCUCUGCUAGGUAUGCUACCACUAUUAGCCAGCCAUUGGAUGCGAUUUGAGCGAGGAAAGGCACGAAAGGGCGAUCGCAGGGAACUUCUCCCCCGGAUCGGAUUAAUACUUGUGAUGCCGAUUCCCGACUUGGACAAGCAGCCGGUUAAUUCUGGGAGAUUGUCGUACUGACUCGGCAUUGGACAGAUUCGAGAAGGAAUUCGACGGUGUUCAGGAUGUCUUCGAGCUCCAGGUAAGCCUGACCUGACCCGCUCGCACAUACGGCAAAUUCGUGUCACAUCACCAUCCGCUCCUCGAAAUCAUAUGAUGAAGAGUAGCAACUCGCAUGGGUCUUCUCUCUUCUCCAUGAUAUGUGACGCUGAUGGAUUAUCCGCUACAGCGUAACCUCAACAACUGCUUUGCCUAUGAUCUCGUCCCCUCCGUCGAGGUCCUCUCCGCCGCCCUGAGGGCUGCCCGCCGUGUCAACGACUUCCCCACUGCCGUCCGGAUUUUUGAAGGUAUCAAGGCCAAGGUUGAGACUCAGGACCAGUAUAAGCAGUACCUCGAGAGCCUGGAGGGUCUGCGCCAGGAGCUCGGUGUUGCUCUGCGGGAGGAGCUCUACCCCAACGAGGAAUAGAUGCGUUCGCUCCAGACAAAACGCCCGCAAGAACUCUGUCUCUUUAUUAAGUUGAUAAGAUAGGAAAGCUGUAUACAUACUUUAGAAUACAGUUGGAGAAGGUCUCCACGGUCCGGUUGGUUGCUUAAUUAUCCAUUUCUGACCUGGUGCCUGUCGAUUCGGGGGGUGAAUGGAGGUGCACAUGUGUUUUUCUAUACCAGUGCUACUAUUAUAAAGCUUGUGACGUUUGCGUGUACUCUGUACUAUUGAGGAUAGCGAAGGAAUCUGAGGGGUUGUCCUUUUUCUACGCUCUCCAAGUAAAUGUCCGAACUCAUGACGUACAUUCGACAGAAGCGACCAAGAAGAAAAAGUCUUUGAUGUACAAAUC